UGACAGAUCCCCUCGUCCGAAUUCCCAACUGGGGAGAUACUCACUCAGAAGCCAAAUCCUGCGUUAAUUACCUCUACAAUUCUCGAUCGCUUUGGGGCAAGAAUGACAGACCCACCUUCUCCAAACCCAUCCUCCGCCCACGUUCCCCAAACACUCAAAACCGCCUUCCCACAAGCCCGUGUCAAAACCAUAAUGCGCGAAGACAAGGAUCUAUCUGCAGUCUCACAUGACGCCGUCUUUGCAGCGACAUUGGCUACCGAAAUGUUUUUAGAGUACUUGGUUGAUAAAAGUUUUGAGAAUACCAAGAAGGAGAUGAGAAAGAUUGUUAGUUAUAAGGAUGUUGCGCGGGCUGUUGGUGAUCAUGGAGAAAUGGCAUUUUUGGAAGAUGUGAUUCCCCCAACAUUGUCCGUACGACAGGCCCUGGAAAACAAGGCGAAAAUUGAUAAACAGCGAGAUGGGGUUGCAUAGUGGCCGAAUGUAAUAGUGCGGAGAACCGUAUCGACUUUUCCGCAUUGUGAUCUUGUAUAUAAGGUUGGAUGUGGAGAGUAUAUAAUAGAGAGUCUCAAAAGACUAGAGUAAUACCCCAAGACCGAAAUUUCACAAACAAAAAUCGAC